AUGGCAGAUCUACUCACUACACAAUCAUUAUUAGCACUCAGCUUCGUUGGUGGCUUGGUAGGAACGGCAGUCAUUUCAGCCAAUCUUUCAUUACCAAAACGAACGAGCAGAAAAGCAAGAUCGAUCUUUAUUUGGUUAGCAUUUGAUUCACUUUGUCAUUUAACUUUAGAAGGUUCUUUCCUUUAUCUUUCCGUUCAAGGUAGAACGAUUAAUUCCUCAAAAGGUUUUUUUGCUUACCUUUGGCAAGAUUAUGCAAAAGCUGACGCUCGUUGGGGUUUUUCCGAUCCAACUGUAGUUUCUUUGGAAAUUUUGACAGUUUUAGGUGCAGGUCCAAUGGCUGGUUACUGUGCUUAUUUGAUCGCAAAGAAUAAAUCUUCUUAUCACUUUUGGGUAGUGGUAUUAAGCGUUGCGGAAUUGUAUGGUGGCUUUAUGACUUUUGCACCAGAAUGGCUUACCGGCAAUCAAUUCUUAAACGGAAGUACUUUCUUGCUCAUGUGGGUUUAUUUGUUCUUUAUGAAUAUGGCAUGGGUCGUGAUCCCAUUCUACUUGAUCGUUGAUUCAUACGGAGAGAUCACAAAAGCUCUCAAGCAAACUGCUGCUCGCCCGUUGGACAAAACAAUGGCUGCAAGAAAGACAAAUUAGGAUCAAGU